GUUUCGAUUUCAAAAUGACAGGAUAUCCUCCGGCCUUUUUACUCUGACAUGCAUCUCCCGUCCCCAUUCCAGCGCCUCAUCGCGCCUCGACGCGCUUAGGUCGGACUAGCCUCCGUGCUUUCGAGCUUCAACCCAGACAAGACAAGAUGGACCUCGAAACCGCAAAGGCGAAGCGGCUGCUGCUUGCCCAGCGGGCCCUCCAAAACGGGGACCAACCUCUCGCCUGUCUCUGCUCCCCCUUUCACUCCAAAUCUGACGACUCGUUCACGUAUCAAGAGGUCAACCAGGUCUUGAACCAGGCUGUCGACCGAGACGAGUCCCUUGGCCUCUUCAAAGCCCUCCUGGCCCUCGGUGCUGAUGUCAACUUUUCCCAACGGAGCACGUCGGGCGUUUGGAGCAAGAUUAUUGGAAGACACCACGAUGGCCACCGCAGCGAUGUUCUGCUCAAGGCUACCAGCAAGUGUCGACCGGAUAUUGUCAACCUGCUAGCAGGCCGUGCAGACCAAGAAAGUCUCGACAGUGUCCUCCACACCGCCAUUGUACGAGGGGAUCUCGCCGUGCUCAAGACAUUGCUCGACCAUGGAGCUAACCCCGCCCAGCUCCAUUCAGAUUUCCAGAACGCGGUGCUACAAAACCAGUUGGACAUUGUCCAAGCUCUUCUCUCUGGCCACCGGCUGCCUUGCCUUGCCUGCCGCUCCUCCGGACUGCGACUCGCUGUGGCAAACAGGUCCUUGGAUGUCACCGAGCUGCUCCUCAAAUACUGGGCAGACGUCAACCACGAUGACGCCAUUGCGCUACUGGGAGGAGUCGAGUCUUGUGACCCUGUCCUGGUCAAGGCUCUCAUCUCCGGCCCAGUCCGGCCAUCCCCCCGGUCCCUCGAUAUCGCCGUGGGAAGGCUCCGCGAUGCAAUAAACUCGGAGGAUCCUGGACCAGCUCAGGAGGUCCUAGAGUUGUGCUUAUCAGCAGGUGCGGCCGGACCAGAGACAACACGUCUUUCGACAGAAGGAAUGGUGGAUGCCGUGAAGCACGGCCGCGCCCAGUUGGUCGACGCCCUUUUGCGUUUCAGAAAACCACCAGGACAUUAUGAGGCUGUCGCUCUCCUUGAGGCAAUUCGUGGCGAAAAGAUCGACAUAUUCAUGAAGCUUCUAGGCUCCGCGCCGUCCCAAACCAGCCUGACCAUUGCCAUCUCCGAGACCAUCAAGGUCAAAGACACCCACCUUCGUCACGAGCUAGCGCGGCUCCUCAUUGAAGCCGGUGCGCAAGGACCCUGCACCUCUCAGGCCCUGAUCAAGGUCACUAAACGGAUCAUCUCCGACACGUCGCAUGAGGACAAGGUGAUCCGAGGUGAAGACGCAGACACUAAACUAUUUAAUCUCCUUCUCGACAAAGGAAGAGCCGACGUAGACCACGGGCAAGGCGAAGCGCUCCAGCUUGUUGCUGGUGCUUCGUGCACCGAGCUCGCGGAACUGAUUGUCUCCAAGAAUCCUUCUCCUGCUUCUCUUGGCGCCGCGUUACCCCGGGCACUGAAAAUCCCAGACGAGAACAAACGGAGAUUCUUAGUUGGCCUGCUCAUCCAGGACCAAAUCAGCGAUGAGGCCUCGGGGAAGGCCUUGGUUGAAUUGUUCCAGAGCGAAAGUCGAGAUCUAAACAUCAUUGAACUCGUCCUCAAAAGGGCCUCUGUGAAUUACAACAAUGGAGAGGUGUUUGCCUUUGCAAUUCGAAGAUUUGAGCUGGCACAUUUUCGACUUCUUCUCGGCCAUGCGCUCGAGUACACGACCUUGUUCACGGUGGUUCUGGAAGCCUUACAGUCACCCAGGCCAGUCCGGAAGAUCGUCUUCGGCGAAAUCUUGCGUCAGCUGCAGCCUGAUCAUCUCAACAAUGCUCUGAAGCACGUUGUUCUGGAGCCUGAUACGGACCUGGGUCUGAUCAGUGUCCUUCUUGGCGCAGGGGCAGACCCGAUAUACGAAGACGGGGUCUGCAUCAAGAAGGCUGCCUACGACCUGAACCGGAGCCUUUUAGACACUCUUUCCGAGAACUUGGGACCAAAUGAAGUCAUUUUUUCGGAAGCACUUGCGGGCAUCAUUGGCCGUGACAGACAAUGGAUUGCUUUUGGACAUGUCGAGACUAUCCGACUUCUCCUUCGAUACGGAGCAUCUGGCCCCGCCGUUGACAAAGCGCUUCUUGAAGUCGUUGAACACCUUGCAUGUCACGAGCCUGAUACGGAUUUAGCGGAUACGCUUCUCAACAUGUUUGUCGAUGGCGGUGCUGAUGUCAACCACGAGAAUGGGAAAUGCGCAAUGAUAGCAGCAGGACGUGGCGAUCCGCCCCUUCUUUCCCGCAUAUUAAAUCUUGGCGCAACCACCAUGACUGCCGCAGCCGCUCUGUCUAUCGCGAUAACUUCAGGCCAUGACGAGUCGAGGCUAAUGCAGAUAUUGGGCGCGUUUGUGGACAUACGACACACACUGCCGGACCUUACCCUGUCACUCCCCGGCAUGCCGCCGCCAAUGUUCCUCUGUCUCAAGUCAUAUUGCGACUCGGCAUCCUUGGUGGAAAAGCUCAUUUCGGUAGGAUGUCACUUGGAGUCAACAAUUCCGUCCCUUGUAUACUCCCGCGAGAUCGUUUCGGGGGGAGAGGGUGGAGCCGCCGACCUAGAAAUGGAACCGGUGUCUGUUCUUGUCUGGGCUUUGCUGCAGCCAAAUAACAUAAUCAGCUCCAGAGUUAUCGAUGCAUUGAUACGCCAUGGAGGCAAGUUUACAUCCUUCUCAGAAAGUGAUAUGCAAUUGCUAACACGCAUGAUUUGUAUAGCAAACGUGUCGUAUACGACACCGGUGUCCCGGGUCACGCCACUACUGCUGGCCACUCGGUCCGGUCGUCUCGAGGUUGUUCAGAGUCUCCUACAAUCCGGUGCCAAAAUCUCCGCCAGAGACGCUCUGGGACGGUCGGCAUUGUUCUUUGCUGCAGGACGCGGAGAUGCGGACCUUGUUGCCCUUUUGAUCAAGAGCAAGGCGUGCGCAAACGACGGGAGCCUCCACGAAGCAUCUCGCGGCUUUUAUCUACAGGCAAUGAGACUCCUGAUAGAGAGUGGCCACGAUCCUAAUUACAGGUCGACCAAGCACGAGGGCCGGACAGCCCUUGGCGAGAUGGCUCGUAUGGCCACCAUCGACGACAUUACCGUCGCGGAAGAGGCCCUUGACAUACUCUGUGCUGCAGAUGCCAGCCCCCUGCUCACGGUCCACGGAAAAACGGUCAUUUUUCUCGCCUUGGAUAACCAGAAUAACGAGCCCAUGACGCGAAUGUUGCUGGAUCGUGUUCUCUACAGAACGCUCAACAGCCAAGAAAACAUUUUCCAGCAGGGAGUCUACUGGUUCUCCCCCACCAUGUACGUCUGCAAAGGAAUUUUGCUAGGGCCACAGUCCAGGGACCUAGUUCAGGUCCUCCGGGACCACGGAGCGGAGGAUCGGUUUUACGCCAGCCUGGAGGAGACACAGCCGCCAGAUGCUGUCGGACUCCCAGAGGAGAUCCUCGAGUUUGAGCGCGAACGCCGGGCUCGCGAUCGGCAGAUUAAGCAACAGGAGGAGGAACAUACGAACGAGCUUCGCCGCGAGAUGGAGAAGGCCCAGAAUGUGGGCCACAUCAGGGAAGAACUCACACAACAGCAGCUGAGGCAUCGGGGGCUUGAGCACAAACAGCUCAUCACGAUGGAUAUGGAGAAGCAUUACAACAACGCUCACAUCAAGAUCAGUGAAGCAGAUGUUGAUUCCGGUGUUCGGUGGCUGCGGCACAACGAUGACCUGUCAAUGACGUCGGAGAAGAGGGCCGCAGACAUGGAGUUCAGGCAGCGCGCGUAUCAGCAGAAUGUCGCCGAGGUUGCCGAGAGUGAGCGGCUGGCGCAUGUAAUUCGUGACCACCGUCACCACCAAACCAUGCAGCACAGACAAGGCUCGCACCGCCAGCGGUGGGCCGAGAAAGAGGACCUCAAUAGGCAGCAGUUGGCAUUUGAAGGGCGGCGACAGGGGCAAGACUUUGCACAUGCGCGGGGGAAGAACCAAUUGAAACGUGAGCUGAUGUAUGAGGAGGACCGGAUGGCAGCGGAGAGGCAAAUGCGCGAGAAGCUGCAUGGCCACCAGAGACACCAGAUGCACAUGACGGAGUUGACGACGCAACGAGGAAACAUCAUAGGCCAAGUCAAUCUGGAAGAGCUGAGGAGGUGGCAGGCGAGCCAGGGUCAGGGCCAGGCCCCGAGCCAUAUUGGAGGAGGGCCACAAGGCCCACAACUGCAAGGCGCACGAGCGAGAUUACUGAACUGAGAAUUGUUCAAAAAAUAUUUGAGUAAUCCGGCAUGAAUCCUGCUUUUGUAUUAGGUUUGCAUUUGUAUUUGCGGUCAGACUGUCAGACACAUUCGUGGUACGGG